AUGGAAGACUAUUAUCUCAGAAACGCAGAGCUUUACGAGCUCGAGAGCCUAAUAUCGCUAAUUUUAAACGGAGAGGUGGUUCCAGAGCCAAUUAUCGUUAAGCUGUGUGAGAAGGCCAAGGAGAUUCUGAUCGACGAAUCGAACAUUUUGAUGAUAAAGACUCCCAUAACGGUGGUGGGAGACAUUCACGGGCAGCUGUAUGACCUGAAGGAGCUGUUCCGCAUCGCAGGAUCCGCACCGAACACAAACUUUCUGUUCCUCGGCGACUAUGUUGACCGAGGCUACUACUCAGUCGAGUCUGUGACGUUGAUCGUAUCGUUAAAAGUGAGGUACCGGGACCGAGUGUUUAUAAUACGAGGGAAUCACGAAUGCCGCCAAAUCACGCAAGUGUAUGGGUUCUACGACGAGUGUUUGAGGAAGUACGGCAAUUCGCACAUAUGGAAGUGUUUCACAGAUUUAUUCGACUUCUUGCCGCUGGCAGCUUUAAUUGAGAAUAAAAUAUUUUGUCCGCACGCAGGGUUAUCGCCAUCAAUAGACUCACUAGAUCACAUAAGGAAGCUUGACAGGUACGAUGAAAUUCAGGAGGUGCCACACGAAGGCGCUAUGUGUGACCUGCUGUGGUCGGACCCCGAGGAGAGGACGGGUUGGGGGCUGUCUCCCCGAGGAGCAGGCUUCACCUUCGGCUACGACAUAACUAAGGCGUUUAAUCAGACUAAUGGGUUGGACUUGAUAGCCAGAGCUCACCAGUUGACCAUGCAGCUUUCAGUAACUCCUAACACCUUUCAGGGGUUUCAAUGGUCGCAAGACAAGAAUGUGGUUACGAUCUUCAGCGCACCGAACUACUGCUAUCGAUGUGGAAACCAGGGCGCAAUACUGGAGAUUGACGAGAACUUGAACUUCACUUUCGUCCAGUUUGACCCUUCGCCUGAGAGGGAGCCUCCCAUUAUACCUGAGCUGACGGACUACCUCCUAGGGGACGUUAAGUAUAUUAACUGA